UUUACUUUGCUAAACUUUUAUCCGUGUAAGACACUUUCUGGAACUUGGGAUCUGACAUGGCUGAAGCUGCUUGUGCAGAGGACCAGUGGGAAGUAGAAGCUUUUGAGGAUGAAUUUGGUGAGAUCAUUAAAACUAGAUCAGACGAAAGAGAAGACAUACAAAAGAAAACCUUCACAAAAUGGAUAAAUUCCCAGUUUGCUAAGGCAGGAAGACCCCCUAUUAAUGACCUCUUCACAGAUCUGUGUGAUGGCCGUCGUCUUCUGGAGCUUUUGGAAGGCUUGACUGGACAUGAAUUGGUGAAAGAACGAGGUUUCACCCGUGUGCACUCACUCAAUAAUGUCAACAGAGUGCUACAGAUCCUUCAGAAGAACAAUGUUGAGCUGGUGAAUAUUGGAGGAGCUGACAUUGUCGAUGGCAAUCAUAAAUUGACUUUGGGACUCAUCUGGAGCAUAAUUCUUCACUGGCAGGUGAAGGAUGUGAUGAAAGAUGUGAUGGCAAACUUAAAGCAAACCAACAGUGAGAAGAUUCUGUUGAGCUGGGUUAGGCAGUCCACCAAGAGCUACCCACAGGUCAAUGUUGUAAACUUCUCUAGCAGCUGGGAAGAUGGUCUGGCAUUUAAUGCUCUUAUCCAUAGCCACAGGCCGGAGCUGUUUGAUUGGGAUGUGGUGGAACACAUGGAUAAAGCUUUUGACAGGUUGGAUCAUGCGUUCGCCAUUUCUGAAAGGCAUUUAGGCAUUGAACGGCUGCUUGACCCUGAGGAUGUGGCUACUGCUUCUCCAGAUAAGAAGUCUAUAAUUAUGUACAUCACCUCCCUGUUUCAAGUUCUGCCCCAUGGUGUGAGUAUGGAGGCCAUAGAGGAGGUUGAGACUCUGCCCCAGGCUGUAAUCACUAAAGAGAAACAUUUCCACUUUCAGACACAGCAACGUUACUCCCAGCAGAUCACAGUCAGUGUGGCUCAAAGUCCAGUACGCAGCCAGUCUCCUUCAAAUAAGUUACGCUACAAAAGCUAUGCUUUCACUCAGGCUGCGUAUGUUCGGUCUCCUGAACAGACAAGAAAGACCCCCGUCACACUGACUUCAGAAAGUCCAGAGGAUAUGUGGCCUUCCACUGGUCCUCUACAACAUGGCACAAGCCAGCUAGAGAGUUACCAGAAUUCCCUCGAAGAGGUCUUGACGUGGCUUCUGUCUGCAGAGGACGGCCUACAAGCUCAGCCACCUAUCUCUUCUUUGGUAGAAGAAGUGAAGGAGCAGUUUCACACUCAUGAGGGAUACAUGAUUGAGCUGACUGCCCAUCAGGGAAGUGUAGGUAAUGUGCUAAAGGCAGGGAGCAUCCUCUUGGCUGAAGGGCAGUUGACUGAAGAUGAGGAGAAUGAAAUUCGGGAGCAGAUGAAUCUGUUAAACUCUCGCUGGGAACAUUUACGAGUGGCCAGUAUGGAACAACAAAGCAGGCUUCAUGAAGUUUUAAUGAACCUGCAGAAUCAGCAGUUGGAACAGCUCUCCACCUGGUUAGAUGUUACUGAAGCUCGUAUUAAGCAAAUAGAAGCCCAGCCUUUAGGUCCGGAAAUUGAAGAUCUAAAACAUCAAAUUGAAGAGCACAAGCUGUUACAAGAGGAUCUGGAAAUGGAGCAGGUACGAGUGAACUCUCUGACUCACAUGGUUGUAGUAGUGGAUGAAAGCAGCGGAGACGGUGCUACUGCCGCACUGGAGGAGAAACUACAGAACCUUGGAGAGCGAUGGGCAGCCAUCUGUAAAUGGACGGAGGACCGGUGGAUCCUUAUUCAGAAGAUCCUGAGGAGUUGGCAGGAUUUCACUGAGGAACAGCAUAUGUUUGAGUCCUGGCUAACACAGAAGGAGCAGUUAUUUCUUUCUAUCCAAAGCAGUGGUACCACUGAUCACAAUGAAGUGACGGCGAAUCUCAGAAAACUUGCUAUUCUGAAAGCAGACAUUGAGCUCAAAAGACAGACCAUGGACAAACUUUGCUCCCUUGUUCAAGAUCUGUUGUCCAGCAUUAGGAAUAAGCCGGCAUCAGAAAAACUUGAAGCAAAGUUAGAAAAGUUUGCUCAGCGGUGGGACAAACUAGUACAGUCACUUCAGCUCACAAGCACCAAGCUUUCAACCACUCUUACUGCAUCCCAGUCUGAAAGCACACACACACCUGUGGAAACCAGCAUUACCAUGCAUCAGAAAAAAGUGGUGAAGCACGUUAAAGAGGGUCUAACUACCCCUCCACCUCAAAAGAAGCGCCAGAUUGUUGUUGAUUCAGAGCUUCGCAAGAGGUUCGACGUGGAUUUCACUGAGAUUCACAGUUUCAUGACCCGCUCAGAAGCCACCUUACAGAGUCCUGAAUUCUCAAUUUCACGCAAAGAGGGCAGUGUUGCAGACCUCUAUGAGAAAGUCUUGGCAAUUGAUAAAGAAAAACCAGAGAAGCUUAGAAAGCUACAGGAAGCAACGCGGUCAGCUCAGGCUCUAGUAGAUCAGCUCACAAGUGAUGGGCAGAAUUCUGAUGAUAUUCAACAAGCCGCUCAGCAGUUACAUGCCCGGUGGGUUGAGUUUUGUUCUCUGCUGGCUGAGAGGCUAGCAUGGCUGGCCUACCAGACUAAAGUACUGGCUUUCUACAAUCUCUUCCACAACUUGGAGCAGAUGGUAGCAAAUUCAGAGAACUGGCUGAAAAUUCAGCAACCUCCAGCGUGUGAGCCAGAACCAUUGAGGAUCCAGCUUGAGCGCUGCCGGGAUGAGAUAGCUCGUCUGUCUGUGCUUGAACCAGAAGUGGAGCACUUGCGUGAACAACUUCGAGAGCUAAGAGAGAAAGAGGAAACACAGGUGCUCUUUGAUGCUGAUAUAGCUGCAUUCCAGGACCACUACCAGAAUGUUCUUGCAGACUUAAAGGCCAGAGAGAAACAGCUUGUAUUAAUCCAGACUAGCCUUCCACCUACACGCUACAAGGAAGUAAUGGCAGCCCUAAUGGCAUGGAUGCAACAAUGUGAAGACAAACUUCCUUCUACAGCUGUAACUGAGUACCCAAUCAUGGAACAGAGGCUGAAAGAGAUUUUGGCAAUUCAAGCAGCACAACAAGAGCACCAGAGUAAAAAGGAUGAUCUUAAUAAGAUGGCUGAACAGGUGUUCCAGAAAGCUCCCCCUGAGUUAUCUCAAAGGUAUCACAUUGAGAUGGACAGUAUGAUGGCCUGCUGGAGACAUCUGUGUGAACAACUAAGAGAAAGCGUGCAAAAAUUGCAGGAACACAUGGCCAAGCUACAGCAGUUCCAGAAUGACACAAAUACCCUGCAGAAGUGGAUGGCCGAGGUUGAUGUUUUUCUGAAUGAGGAGUGGCCAGCAUUAGGAGAUUCAGAGGCUCUUGAGAAGCAGCUAGAACAGUGCACGGCCUUAGUUAAUGACAUUCACACUGUCCAACCUAGUCUUAAUGGCAUCAAUGAGGUUGGACAGGUCUUGAAGAAGGAAGCAGAGCCACCAUUUGCUAUCAAAAUACAGAAGCUUCUUGAUGAUCUCAAUUCUCAGUGGGAACUAAUUUGCAAACAGGCAUAUGCGAAGAAAUCUGCCUUGAAAGGUGGACUGGAUAUGACAGUGAGUUUAAAGAAGGAGAUGCAAGAGAUGCAAGAGUGGAUUACACAAGCAGAAGAAGACUACUUGGAGCGUGAUUUCCAUUAUAAAACACCUGAAGAACUCCAUACAGCAGUGGAAGAACUUAAGAGAGCUCAAGAAGAAAUCCAUCAGAAAGAAAUAAAGGUAAGCCUUCUGGAAGAUAAAGUCACCAGUUUUAUUGCAAAGGCUCCACCCACAGCACACGAGGCCCUAAAGGCAGAACUAGAUGUUUUGACUUCCAACUACCAGCGGCUGUGUAGUCGGCUUGAUGGGAAAUACAAGACAUUAGAGGAGGUGUGGGCUUGCUGGUGUGAAUUGCUAUGCUACUUGGAACAGGAAAAUACUUGGAUGGAUCUACUAGAACAGAAACUUAAUGAGAUUGAGAACUUUCAAGGAGGUGCAGACAAAAUAGCUGAGGCUAUGGCUUCCAUAGAUACCAUAAUAAAAGAACAUCCUGAAUAUAAUCGUAGCCAAAUACGUGAGUUGUCCCAGACCCUUAUGGAUGGAGGAGUCCUUGAUGAGCUCAUUCAUAAGAAGGUGGAAAAUUACAACAUUCGCUGGGACGAACUCAUGCAAAGGGCGUUACAAAUGCGACAACAUCUAGAGAAGAGCUUACAGUGGGCGAACAAGAAUGACAAAACUCUGCGUCUAAUCCAAGAUUCUCUAAAGACAACUGAUCGGCAUUUGACUGCAUAUCUUGCAGACGGUAUAGACGCUGCUCAGAUACCUCAGGAAGCUCAGAAAAUUCAGGCUGAACUGAGUGAUCAUGAAGUGACUCUAGAUGGCAUGAAGAAACGGACCAGUGAAGAUGCAUCCGAAAAAAUGGUCACAGAGAUUGAUGCUACAUAUGCUAAAUUAUUGGAGGUGAAAGCAAAGUUUCGACUUUUCCAAAAGCCAGCCAACUUUGAUCAGAGGUUGAAAGAAUGUGAACGUGUAUUGGAAGAGGUGAAGGGUGAACUGGGGGUGCUAAGCAUCCACAGUGUAGAGCAGGAUGUGGUGCAGUCCCAAUUGGAGCAGUGCAUGAAGUUGUAUAAAAGUCUAAGUGAAGUGAAAUCAGAAGUGGAGAUGGUAAUUAAGACAGGAAGACAAAUUGUGCAGAGACAGCAGACAGAGCAACCCAAAGAGCUGGAUGACCGUUUGACAAGUCUUAAACUGGUAUACAACGACUUGGGUGCACAGGUGACAGAAGGAAAGCAAGCCCUAGAAAAGAGUUUGAAGUUAUUGAGAAAAUUUAAAAAAGACUUAAAAAGUCUAACAGAAUGGUUAGCAGCGGUUGAUAGUGAACUGACUUGUCGGUCAUCAGUGGAAGGAAUGCCUAGUGACCUAGAAGCAGAGCUGACAUGGGCCAAGACCACACAUAAGGAUACAGAGCAACGCACAACCCAGCUCUGUGUAGUAAGAGAUUUAGCAGAGGCCCUGAAAGCACUGCUAACAGAGGAAAGCCUAAUAGAUGACAAAGUCAGCCUGUUGAACAGCAACUGGAUAGCUGUGACAUCACGCAGUGAACAGUGGUUAAAUUUAUUGCUGGAUUACCAGAGUCAGAUGAAUACAUUGGAGCAGAAUGUUGCUCAGAUAAAUGCCUGGAUAGAUGGAGCUGAGUCACAGAUAGACAAGAUGGAGAACCAGGGCUACAGUAACCAUGUCAUCAAGAGUCUACAAGGAGAAUUGGAGGAAAUGCGUGGGAAGGUAGUGGAGGUGCAAAAUCUUGGUGAAGACAUCAUUAAAAACAGAGGGGAGCACUGUAAAACUCAAAUAGAGCCCAAGCUGAAUCAGCUCAGUCAACGCUUUGAGAUGGUUGCUAGAAGGAUUCUGCAUGGACAGGCUUCCUCUCAAGAGUUAGAAGAGUACCACAGGCAAGCUAAUAUGUGGCUACUCCAGCUGGAAGAAGAGAUUAAACUUGGUGAAAACAUCAAAGAAGAUGAUUUCAUAGAAGAUGCAGUUGUUGAUGAAGAUGAACUGAAGGAACUGUUCUUAAAAGGAGAAAAUCUCCUCAAGAGAACCACAGAUCCAGCAAAGUCAACUGUUUGUCAAAAACAUAAUCUACUCCAUGAUAAAUACAACAACUUGAAGGGCCUGAAAGCAUUAAGGAAGAAGAAGGCGUUUGCUUUUGCCCCACAGUGGUACCAGUUCCGUAAGAGGUCUGAGGAUAUGAUGCACUGGCUUGACAACAUUGAGAAGGUGGUGGCUGAACUGCCGGAUUCUGCAAAUCAGCCAAGAGUGAAGGUUGGCACUGAGAUCGAACAGCAACGUCCAGUACUUGAAGAUGUGCAGAGACUUGGUCAUAAGCUCUCAGAAGAUGGCUUUAAUAAACUUGUGGAACCGCGCCUCUUUGCCAUUAAUAAACGCUGGGAACAACUGCAUAUGAAAUUUGAUGAAGUAUAUAAUGUCACUGAACUGCAAGCAUUACUGAAUACUAUUGAUGAAAAUGAUGCACUACUGAACUCCUCUGUCUGCUGGUCUGACAUAACUGAAAAUACACCCCAACAAGAAAAGUGCCUGAAGGAAGUAAAGCAUACUUUGGACGCUCUCAAAUCUCCGGUGACAGAGGCUUUAGAGAGGAAAAACAUACCACCUCAUGUGAAUCCACUCGUUCUUCUCCUCAGUACCAAAUGGGAACAGCUGAAGAACCUCUAUCAGAAUAGGCUAGGAUACGUUGAAAUAUGCAAGAAAUAUGGGGAGGUAUUAAAAGCCAUACAGGGUUGGUUGACUGUUGCAGAAAAAACAUUACUGAUGUAUGAGGAAGACCCAAACAUCCAUGCAAGCCACAUCAAGAAACUACAGGAAGAUUUGGAAAAUCAAGAGGCAGCAGUGAAACGGCUUAACGCUCUAGGUGAGGACCUGGCUUUGCAGGGCAGGAAGGAUAAUGAGGAACAGAUUAAAAAUCAACUAGAUGUCAUCAAUACCCGCUGGACUACAGUGUUCAAUAAGCUGUCUGAAAUAAAGAGAAGAUCUACAGGAGAAAAUAUUAUACUUGCUGAGCUUCAUGAAGAUAUGGGGGAGUUCCAGUCUUGGCUAGAUAAAGCAGAGUGUGUUGCUGCCCUACCGGUAGAACCAGACCAUAGGGAACAGCUCAACACUGCAUUAGAAAAAGUACAGGCUCAAGUAACAGAAUUACCAAACCGAAUGAAAAAAAUACACAAAAUGAAAACAAAAGCUUCAUCCCUGUCUGCUGAUAAAAACAAGACUUUGGCAAACAGUUUCAAGAUUAUUAACAUGCGAUGGGCCAAGGUGUCAUCUAAUCUUCCUGAGAAGCAGCAACAGAUAGAGAAUUACUUAAGAGAUUUGAAUCUGUACUACAAGCUCUCCAGCUGGGCUUCUUCAACUAAGAACCUACUUGAACAGUCACCUGAAGCAAUUCAACACAAGACUGAUGAUAUCCUGUCAAAGAAGCCAGAAAUAGAAACAGUUUUGGCCAAAGCGAGACCACUAUAUCAACCUGAAAGGGGCCAGUUUGAUACUCUCAGUGCAGACUGGAUAACCAUUCAAGUGCUGCUUAAGGAAUGGAAAGACAAAUGUCAAGUUACAACUGAAUACUUGACAAGCAGUGCCCCAGAUGUUUCAACAAUGGAUACAUUCAAUAAUUCAAGUACUGAACUCAAUGACUGGCUCUCUCUACUCGAUCACAUGAUUAUAACACAGCGGGUGAGAGUAGGAGAUCUCAGUGAAAUCAGUGACCUUAUUGUGAAACUCAAGUCAGCAACGAAAGACAUGGAUCAGAAAUGCCCACAGCUGAAUAAACAGAUCACUGCUGCUGAAAACCUCAAAAACAAAACCAACAACUCUCAGAUGCGUGCUACAAUUACAGAUCAAAUUGAAAAAUUACAGGCACACUGGGAAGACUCGCAUACCAAGUUAAUGGACAGGAUCAUUCAACUUCAGAACAUGUAUCAGGACUCCAAGGAUUGGCUGGAUGCCAAGAAAAUGGUGGAGUCUCACAUAAAGCAAGCCAGUGAAAAACUAGAAGGCAGGAAGGAAGUCUCACCAAGUGCUGAUCAUGCAAAUGUUAAGAAAAUUGUUAAAGAUAUACAUAUGUGGCAAGCUGAAGUUGACGUGACUAAUGAACUGGCAAACAAGCUACUGCUCCUUUAUGCAGACGAUGACACAAGCAAGAUUAAACAGAUGACUGAGAAUAUGAAUCUUGUUUGGGGCAGUAUCAAAAAAGGUGCAGGGGAUACAGAGGCAGCCCUAGAGGCCAGACUGCAGCAAAUGCAACAUUUUUAUGCCGAUCUGGAAAUGUUUUGUAACUGGCUAACUGAAGCAGAAACUACAGCAAAUGUCUUAGAAGAUGCCACGUACAAGGAAUCUCUUCUGGAGGAUGCAGCCACAGUGCACCACUUACUAGAGCAAUGGCAAGAUCUUCAGAGGGAGAUUGAUACCCAGACAGAUAUGUAUCAUUCACUUGAUGAAAAUGGACAGCGUAUUGUGGCAUCACUGGGAAGGACAGACAAUGCUAUAGUGCUGCAAAAACAACUGUACACCAUGGGAAAACGCUGGCAGGACUUGUGUAAAAAAGUCAAUAGUAUGAGGAUUCACCUUGAUGAUAAUAUGGAACAGUGGAAGCAUUUUCACCUAACCUUACAGGGUCUGCUGCAGUGGCUACAGCUUAAGAGGGAGGAGCUGGAGCAACAGAAACCAGUUGGGGGAGAUGUCCCUGCUGUUUGUCAGCAACUGAUUACCCAUAAGGAAUUCAAGAUGGAGCUGAGUGCAAAAGAGCCUUCAAUAAAUAGAGCACUUGAUAAUGUGAAGAGUUUUCUGUUUGAGAUGCCUGGUGAAGAAAGCGAACAACCACAUGUUGAAAGAGUUGCCAGCUCAGAGGAAAGAAUUCAAAAUGUCGAACGCAUUUUGCGCAAGGAAGCAGAGGAUGUAAGCAAACUUUGGAGGAACCUAAGUACAGCUGCAGCAGACUGGCAGCAACAGCUGGAGCUAGCUUUGCAGGGGCUGAUGGAACUUCAAGAUACGGCGGAUCAGUUAGAAAUCAAGCUUCAACAAGCUGAAAUUAAAAACAAUUCUUGGGACCCAGUUGGAGACUUGGUUGUUGACAGUUUAAGUGACCAAAUCAGCAUGGUUAAGGAUUUCCAGGAUUCAAUCGCUCCUAUUCAGGAUGAUGUAAAUCGAGUCAACAAAUUAGUCUCUCAGUUUAGAAUGCCUGGUAUUCAACUGUCUCCAGACAACCUGAAGAGGAGUGAUGAUCUCAAUAGGCGAUGGAGACUUCUGCAGAUAUCAGUUGAAGAACAUCUGUCCCAACUUAUAGAGGCCCACAAAGACUUAGGACCCAAUUCUCAGCAUUUCCUACAAGUGUCUGUGCACAGUCCCUUUGAACGCUCUGUCUCUCCAAACAGUGUUCCUUAUUAUAUAAACCACCAGACACAAACAACGUGUUGGGACCAUCCAAAAAUGGCUGAAUUGUACCAGUCCUUAGCGGAUCUCAACAAUGUAAGAUUUUCAGCAUACAGAACAGCAAUGAAGUUACGGAGGCUGCAGAAAGCUCUGUGCUUGGACCUACUGGGGAUGUCCGCAGCAUGUGAAGCGUUUGAGCAGCACAGCCUGAAACAGAACGAACAGUUCAUAGACAUCAUACAGGUGAUAAGCUGUCUGACCAGUAUCUAUGACCGUUUGGAGCAGCAGCAUAGCAGCCUUGUGAACGUUCCUCUGUGUGUGGACAUGUGUCUGAACUGGUUGCUGAAUGUUUAUGACACAGGUCGAACUGGGAAGAUUCGAACCCUGUCUUUAAAAACAGGAAUAAUCUCUCUCUGCAAAGCUCACCUUGAAGACAAAUACAGAUUUCUGUUUAGACAGGUGGCUAGUGCUACAGGUUUCUGUGACCAGCGCCGCCUUGGCCUUCUGCUGCAUGAUUCAAUCCAGAUCCCCAGGCAGCUGGGUGAGGUGGCAUCAUUUGGAGGAAGCAACAUUGAACCUAGUGUGCGCAGCUGUUUUCAGUUUGCAAAUAACAAGCCAGAGCUAGAAGCUUCUGUCUUCUUAGACUGGAUGCGUUUGGAGCCCCAGUCGAUGGUCUGGCUCCCUGUACUUCACCGUGUUUCAGCAGCAGAGACAGCCAAGCACCAGGCCAAAUGCAACAUCUGCAAGGAAUGUCCCAUUAUUGGCUUCAGUUAUCCUUCUGCAAAGCAGCCGCCAUUGAAAAUAAGAGUCCUCAGUUAAUACUGAAUCCUACCCAUCCUCACCUGGGCAACACCGGAUAGUAUGAGUAUAAAUCUUUUCUCUUCUAACAUUGUGUACUUUAGAGUCCAGCACUGCUAUAUGUGUUAAAAUUAGCUGGAGUAUGAGAAUCUGAUUUCUUUAGAGUUUUAACUUUAGGUCUAUUAUAUCAAAGUAAUAAGCAGUGUUAAGCGCCUCUGUCAAUAUGUCGUGCUGAAAUGUAUGUUUUGGCUAUCGCAAAUGUACCCAAAAGCUAUGGAAUGCCAUUUGAGGCCAAUAUUCAGUGCAUAAAUAUGACCGUUAAUUAAAAGUAUAAUUUUUUUGUGGAUAAAAUUAUGAACUACGCUUACUUAAAGUAAUCUGUAAGAGUAGCUCAAUUUCUUUCCUGGAGAGCACAUCAAAUUAACAAAAAACCUCGACACAAUUUUAUGAAUUCAGCGAUUCAAAAAACCAAAUUAAAAGUAGGAUUAAACGUGUAUCCUGUGUUGUGUGGAAAAAGGUUCUCUGGCCUGAUGAGACCGUAAUUUCACUUUUUGACCUUGGCACAAAGCACUGCAUUUGGCAGAAAUCCAAUACCCUGAGGAUGGCAUCGCCACGUUGAAGCUUAGUGAUGGUAGGUUCGAGAGCAAAAUGGGUGGAGCCAAAUACAGGGCAAUACUUGAGAAAGAAAAAUCGAAAUAUCAAAAGCGCAAAGCUGACAACUUUGCUUUUUUGCCGCCUUUUUUUUAUUUAAUGACAUACCCGAAAACUAAACACUUAUUAUUCAGACAUUUUUACAAUGAAGGUCAAUUUCUUAACACCAAUUGAGAGAAAACACACAAAAAAUUUUUUUUAAAUUGUGCAAAUGUAUUCUUAUUAGGUAUUAAGAUUUCUAGGUUCAGAAACUUCAUAAAAAUUUAUUUAAAAAAAUUUUUAUUAGAUGUUUAGAGGAAUUUACCAAAAAUUACAUUUCAGGAACGAUGUAACUCUGUAAUUGAAUUUGUUUUUCGUAAAAAUUUUUGUGUUGUCAAAUAUCUAAGCUACAGGUGCAUCUCAAAAAAUUUGAAUAUGGUGGAAAAGGUUAUAUCUUCUGUAAUUUAAUUCAAAAAGUGGAACUUUCAUAUAUGCUAGAUUCAUUACACAUAAAGUGAAAUAUUUCAAGCCUUUUUUUGUUUGUUUGUUUGUUUUAGUCUUGAUGAUUACAGCUCAUGGAAAUCAAAAAAUCCUGUAUCUCAGGAAUUUAACAAAUGUCACCAACUCUGUCAAGUUUUGUGUUCAUAGUACAAAGAAAUCAAAAGUGACGUCGUUUUUGCACCGUGAUGUUACAGGAAAAACAAAACAUAACCCUUUGUUGAGAUCGUCUGUGAAUUUUGUCAGUGAUACACUGACGUAAUAUGAUGACGAGGGACAGUAUGACUUUUGUUUUGCCUUAAAUCGACGUACUAUUUUUCAUCGAAUAAAUAUAAUUAUUUCAUUGUUUGUUUUAAUAGCAAUGUUCUUACUGAGCUUGUAAAACCCAUCGAACAUAAAUAUUACUCAGUUAACACUUAAAUGAUAUGAGACUGAAGCAUAUGCAAACUCGGACCAGUAAUCUAGCUUUCAACAGAGGUUUGAUGUAAAAACCUUUUCAGAAAGAAAAUCCCUCCGGUGUCUGGUUCUAUGUAGAACCUUCCCCCUGAGUCCUGGCUAAGUAUUAUUAGUAAAAAAAAAAAAAAUCUGUUAUAUCGGAUCAAACUUUCCAUACACUAGAUAAAACUAUCUGUAUGGCUGCCUUUUAAAGAGUAUAUCCACCUUUAAUUUCCACUAAUACCUGCAGAUUUGAAAAAUAGGAGAUGGCUCGUAAGCAGGGUGUAGUGUGUGACGACUGUGGAAGGGUGAGCCAGAGAGUGGGACAUAUUGUGUGUAAUGUCUACAAACAUAUAUCCGCAUAUUUAGUGGAUGUAUGUCCUGAAAUUAAAAGAAAAAGCUUACUCUGUUUAUCCUAUUGAGUGGAUAAAUACAUUGCCAACCAAGACACUGGCUCAAACAAAAGCUCAGGUGUUAUUGGAGUCUGUUGCUUUGACUAUGUGCCACUGACAAGCCUGUUUUGGAUCAGUGAAAGAGCAAGGUCUCCUUGAAAAAAUAUACAGAGAACCAGGUUAUUAGAACAAAGGGGGAACUAUUCAAAAAGCACAUGAUGGUCAGAUGUCCACAAUCUUUUGGCCAUGUGGUGUACUUUGGUACCCGAUUCCUCCAACGCCUUCAUUAGUUUCUUUUGUUGUUUUCUUGGUGUUCAGUUGAACCUUUCACAUUCUGGCCCUUAAAUACAUCAAGCGUGCUCCAAAUGAUCUCCUAAUGCUCAAAAUUGGCCAAUCAGAAUCUUCUAAAAGUCAUCAUACCAGUUUCUGGAAUCAUUCCGACUGUUUAAAGAGACAGUCAGCUUGGUUUACGUAAAACUUUGACGUAAUGGAAUUCUGAUAGGGUGAAUUAAAGCUAAAAUAACUCGGUAUUUAGUUGAUUGUUUUAAAAUGACCUCUGACGUGAACAAGGAAGAUGCCCGAAUCUCCUUUCCGAAGAUGAACUAUCUUUAGCCUGCGUGUCUGUAGCCUGUAGGAGCUGAAAACUAUGAUUCGAUCAUUAAAAACUCCUCGGUUAGUAUAAUAUAUUUGUGAUUGAAGUAAUGACCCGAUACGAACACACUACACUCAUGAAUAUAACGUUUUACGGUGAUUUAAAAGUAUCUUGUGUUCAUUUACUUCUAAUAUCUCAAAGUAUAGUUGUUCUGUUGUAUUUGUUUGUUUCAGAGAUGACGAUAAACGUGUCAUGUCUGCUGUUUUGUUUCUAAUGUUAUGCAAUCUAUUCUCAGGUUAUAACGCAGGUAUACAACCGAGUGUGUUGUAAAAAUAUCCUUUAUGAAUAUAUGCUCUAUGUUCGUUCAACAGUAAAUUAGAUUGAACUAUUUAGGAGCUUCUGCGGCCAUUUUUUAAAAUUCAGUGCGGGUUACCAUCAUGACAUUUUGACGUUCUAAUUUAUCUUACCUUUU